AUGCGUGUUUCACGGCAUCCGGAUGCAAAGCUGUUGUCGAGGGUACUCGAAGGACAAGAUGGGUGGGAAGAUACAGCACCUCACAAGAAGGCACCUCCACUCCAAAGAUGCGAAGUGAAUGGCGGCUCUGACGAAGCAGUCAGUACAAGGCUUGACGAGGGGCGCAUGGCGUGGCAUGGCAUGUUAGGUGGUGUUCGUCAGGCUUGCUCGGAGUUCAAGAGUGGCGCGACUCUUGUCGAGCACUGGGUCCCCAUUGAGCAAGGGUCACUUUUCUCCGUAAUGACGCCAAGCACAAUGGGAUUGAAGCUUCAGAUGGACAUGUUGCUGGUUGAAGGGAGAGCACAAUCAUGGCUUGAUGGCGCUUCCAGAAUGCAGAAUGCAGUGCUUCGGAGAGAGGCGGCGCUAGCAAGAGAAGAGGAAGGAAGGAAGGAGCUCGGGAGAGGCUGGCGGUGGGGAGGCGGAGGCGGAGGCGGAGGCGGAGGCGGAGGCCACGAGCGCACGAGGCUGACGCGCGCUGGGCAGUCGCGUGAUGAUUUCGUGAAUCAGGCGAGAGCUGAGAGAUGCACAGCAGCCGGGAAGCUGCUGAGGCUGCUCGCUGAGCUCGUUCCGCAUGCAUCGUAUCGUCGUGGGCAUUAUUGUGGUGGAGGAAACAAGAAUGAGUCACCACGCCAUGCAACGCCAGGCCCAGGCGUUUCAUACAGGCCUGAUGGCUUGGCGGUGGGUAUGUUGCAUUCCAUUGCAUUGCAUGAAGAGAUGUUUGAUGGAAGUACAAGAAACAGUAGUUUCGUUCUCAAUCUUUCGUCGCUUGCCAGUAUGGGACGAAAGUACGACCAAUGUCCAGGUGAGACUCAGCUGGCGAUGAACUGCACCUCCACGCUUUCGGUAGUUCAAGAUGUGACGCAAGGCCCAGGACAGUAUUGCCUACGACUGUCCUUCACCAUGAUCAUUAUUGACGCUGGCAGCCGACCAUCGGAGAGUAGUAACUUAGUGCAACACGGACGGCUGAUGACGGCGGCAAGACGGAAGAGAGUUCGUGAAGACUUCGCCCCCACGCUGACGGCGUCGGCGGAGAGAGCGAAGUCACGCGGCGAAGACCAAUGCACGCACUCAUGUGCCUUCUAUCAUGGGACCCGGACACCUCAAGCCCUCGCACUCGCCGAGAUCAACGUGCAUUCACGUGCGAGCCGCCACGCCACAGGCAUCGCCUCACGCUAUAUACGCGACGCGACGCCACGCUACACUUUAGGCUUGCAGCGUGCAUCAUCAGAGCUGCAGAAACCGGAUUCACUGACACUCACCUUCGCCCGCGAGAAACGCUCGUAUGCCGCAUGCGAGAGAAUGUAG